CAAUCGUGAAAGUGAAAAUAUCCCAUCCCAUAUGCAAACCCUUACAAAAAAACGCAGCUGCCAUUGUCCUAUAAAAACCCACUACCCCUUCACUCACUCUAAAUACACUUUAUAGUAAUGGCUUGUUAUUUCAGAAGUGGGGUUAUCCGGUGGCCGGCGGUGGCGGCGAUGGUGGUGGUGGUGGUGGCAGCGGUGAUGGGGACGGCGGAGGGGAGGGCGGCGUUUGCAUGCGACGGGCAGAAUGCGGCGACGAGAAAUAUGGGGUUUUGUAAGGUCUCGUUGGGGAUUGAAGAACGAGUCAGAGAUUUGAUUGGGAGGUUAACGUUGGCGGAAAAGAUAAGGCUAUUGGUUAAUAAUGCCAUCCCGGUGCCGAGGCUGGGGAUUAGAGGAUAUGAGUGGUGGUCGGAAGCACUUCAUGGGGUUUCCAAUGUGGGCCCCGGUACUAAGUUUGGUGGGGCCUACCCUGGCGCCACUAGCUUUCCUCAAGUCAUCACCACCGCUGCUUCCUUCAAUCAAUCGCUUUGGGAGGAGAUCGGACGGGUGGUUUCGGACGAAGCGAGAGCGAUGUAUAACGGAGGAACGGCAGGUCUAACAUAUUGGAGCCCGAAUGUGAACAUAUUCCGAGACCCACGGUGGGGGCGUGGCCAAGAAACUCCAGGGGAGGACCCGAUCUUAGCCGGGAAGUACGCUGCCAGCUACGUCCGAGGGCUGCAGGGGAAUGGUCAGGGGAAAAGGCUGAAGGUGGCUGCUUGUUGCAAGCAUUACACUGCCUAUGAUCUUGACAAUUGGAAUGGAGUAGACCGGUACCAUUUCAAUGCGAAGGUGAGUAAACAAGAUUUGGAGGACACUUAUAACGUCCCUUUUAAAGCUUGUGUGGUGGAGGGAAAAGUGGCGAGCGUAAUGUGCUCUUAUAAUCAGGUCAACGGGAAGCCGACUUGCGCUGACCCUGAUUUACUUAAAAACACCAUCCGUGGAACUUGGGGGCUUGAUGGGUAUAUUGUCUCCGAUUGCGAUUCAGUUGGAGUUAUGUACGAUAACCAACAUUUUACGCGUACGCCCGAAGAAACAGCUGCUUACACUAUUAAAGCGGGCUUGGACUUGGACUGUGGACCAUUUUUGGCGGUGCACACAGCCGCAGCCGUCGGAAGAGGACUCCUAAAAGAAGCCGAUCUCAACGGCGCCUUAGCUAAUUUACUCGCGGUGCAAAUGAGGCUCGGAAUGUUUGACGGCGAGCCCACGGCCCAACCCUAUGGCCACUUGGGCCCAAAAGACGUCUGCACCCCAGCCCACAAACACCUAGCCCUCGAAGCCGCAAGACAAGGCAUAGUCCUCCUCCAAAACCGAGCCGCAUCCUUACCACUCUCCCCCACACGCCACCGCACUGUCGCAGUGAUCGGUCCGAACUCUGACGCCACCGUCACCAUGAUUGGAAACUACGCUGGCGUGGCCUGCGGAUACACUUCGCCGCUCCAAGGAAUCGCGAAGUACGCCAAAACCAUCCACCAGGAAGGCUGCGCCAACGUGGGGUGUGGCGGAAAUCAGCUAAUUGCGGCGGCUGAGUCGGCGGCGCGCGCGGCAGAUGCGACGGUGGUGGUGGUGGGGUUGGACCAGUCGAUUGAAGCGGAGUCUAGGGAUAGAAAUGGACUGCUUUUGCCUGGAUAUCAGCAGGAAUUGGUUUCGAGAGUGGCGAGGGCUUCUAGAGGGCCGACGGUGCUGGUUUUGAUGUCCGGCGGUCCGAUUGAUGUUACAUUUGCAAAAAGUGAUCCGAAAAUUAGUGCGAUUCUUUGGGCUGGGUAUCCCGGUCAGGCUGGUGGCGCCGCCAUCGCCGAUGUGAUUUUUGGCGCCAUUAAUCCUGGGGGGAAAUUGCCAAUGACUUGGUACCCACAAAGCUACCUAGCCAAGGUCCCAAUGACAAACAUGGGCCUAAGACCCGACCCAUCAACCGGCUAUCCGGGUCGAACCUACCGAUUCUACAAGGGUCCAGUCGUGUUCCCCUUCGGGUACGGUCUAAGCUAUUCAAAAUUCACCCACAGCAUAGCCGAAGCCCCAAAAGAACUCUCAAUUCCUCUCACAAAUUUAUCUCCCAAUCCCAAUUCCACCGCCUCUCUCAACGCAAUCAAAGUCUCGCACACCGAUUGCGCCUCAAUCUCCGAUCUAGGCCUUCAAAUCGACGUCAAAAACAUCGGCACUCUCGACGGAUCUCACACCGUUCUCGCCUUCGCGACAGCUCCAAACGAGAACUCGUCGCCAUACAAGCACUUGAUCGGAUUCGAAAAGGUUCAUAUGACAGCCGGAUCUCAAAAGCGAAUUAGAAUCGGAGUUCAUGUUUGCGAUCAUCUUAGCCGAGUCGACCAAUUUGGAACUCGAAGAAUUCCAACUGGUGAGCACACUCUCCAUAUUGGAGAUCUUACUCAUACAAUUUCUCUUCACGCCGAUUUACAGAAUAUUAAAUUUUGAUUAAAUUUGGCAAAAAUGUUGAUGCUGCUGUGCCCUAAUUACGAUGAUUACACAGAAUUAAAGUUUUUAAAAAAUAAUUGUAUAUGAAAUUAAAUAGGUCGAAGAAGAAGAGAGAAAUUAUGGAUUGAAAAGAAAUUUGGAAGUAAUUGUUGUUUGUAUUGAAGAAUGAUUGUGCCUCAAUGCAGCAAAAUUGCAAGGGGCAAUCUAUGUAGCUUUGCAAGUGUAAAUUUAUGAUUGAAAAGCAGAUUAUGCUAUUAAUAAUGAAUAUGAAUUGUUAUUAUGUUA